AUGGCCGACAACACUGCGAAUUUGGAGGAUUAUUAUAGGCCGAGUACACCGUUUCAGAUGAUGGCCGGAGACAAAACAAAUUGCUCAAAUGAAGAUGGGCAAAUCAGUACAGAAGAUACAAUUAUACUCAUAAACCAGCAAUUAAACGCAAAUGGGUACUCCUCUCCUUUGAACUUUUUUGACAGUAAUGAAACAUCCGUCUCAAAAAUUGCAGAAUGUAUAUAUGAAUUAUUGCAACAACAAAAAAAGGACACUGAAUACCGAGAAGAAAUGAAUGAUCAAUAUCGAAGACUGCAAAGCGAUCAUGACUUGCUUAUAACGAGCAUGAAAAACCUCAGAACAAGGGCAGAAUUAAGUGAACGCGAAGUGGACGCCCUGAAAGCGAAAUUGUUGUGGAUAGAAGAAGAUUUGUAUAAGGAGUCUGAAAGACAUCGAUCUACGAAGGAUGAGCUGACCAAAACAAAAACACAGCUGCUAUAUACCAAGACGCAAGCUUCGCACGAAAUUAGAAAAAAGGAAAAUGAAUAUAAUAGAUUUAAGGAACAAAUGCAAAAAUUACUAAGUUCAAAGUAUAACGCGGCAAACUGCGGACCAGAUGAUGUAAUUCUUUCUCGAAAGUCUGCAAUGCGACGUACGAAUGGCAUUAAUCCUCCUAGUACUCAAGUAAAUGGUGGCAACCUGAAUUAUGGAGGAGCUAAUAAAGAGAUAAUUGCAAAUUUACGAGAAAAAGACGAAGAAAUACGGAAACAAGAAUUGGAAAUUGGGUCUCUUAGGAACAAGCUUGAGGAGGCAUCAAACUUGUUGGAUAAAAUGCAGCAGAUGCAGCAAUUUAAGGAUGAGAAAAUAAAACAGAAAGAAAAUGAAAUUGAACAACUUGUGAAUCAACUUGUCGCUAAUGGAGGAAGAAAAAUUAUCAUAGAUAAAGUACAACAAUCGAAGGAUGAGGAAACAAAAACGAAAGAUCACAAGAUAAAACAACUCGCGAGCCGACUUGAGGGAGUAUCAAAUAAGCUGAAUGAAAUGCAACAAUUAAAGGAAGAAAUAAGGAAGAAGGAGAAUGAAAUCAAACAACUUACAGAAAAACUUGAGGGAACGUCAAACAUGUUGAAUGAAAUGCAACAUUCAAUGGAGGAAGAAGUAGGGCGGAAGGAGACUGAAAUCAGAAAACUUACGGAUAGACUUGGUAAUAAAAGCCGUUUUGGGGCAAAGGGAGAAGAAAUAAGCCGAAAGGAGAGUGAAAUUGAACAGCUUAUGAGUCAACUUGAAGGGACAUCGAGUAUGUUGAGCAGGAUGAAACAAUCAAAGGAGGAAGAAAUAAAGCGGAAGGAGAGUGAAAUUGAACAACUUUCAGAGAGGCUUGAUGACAUGCAGCAGGAAAAGGAUGAAGAAAUAAGGCUGAAAGAGAUUGAAAUCGAGCAACUUAUGAAUCGACUUGAAAGGACUUCAAACAUGUUGGAUGAAAUUAAACAGUCAAAAAACGAAGAAAUAAAGCGAAAGGAUAAUGAAAUUGCACAGCUUGUGAAUCGACUUG